AUGAUAAAAGUGGGAGGAUUAGCACAAAAAAUCAAAGCAGCAAAAGCAAUGAAUAUGGACAAAAUUUUGUUGCCCAAAACUAUGGAAGAAGAUUACAAAAAGUUGAAAGAAAAAUAUAAGAAAGGAAUCAAACCAAUCUUUGCGGAAAAUAUUGAUGAUGUAUUUGAUGUUAUAUUCCCACCUGAUGCCCCACCUGUUGCCCCAUGAUUUUUUUCGAUAUUUUAAAUUUAAUUUAUUAUUGGAAAUAUAAAAAUCAUCAAAUAUAAAUUGACAAUUAAAAAAGAAGUUAACUAAGCAACGAGAGAUUGGGGGGAGUAAAGGGAUUGGUUGAGGGGCAACUCAAGGAAUUCCAAAUCACGAAAUAGAUAUGUCAAGGAAUGACAAGUCUUGUGAGGCCUUGACGAAAUUUUCUGUACCCAAAGGUACAGAAGAUUUGAUUUUUUAUUAUUUUAUUAAACUGAAAAUAAAGAUUUUUUUCUCUGGAAAAAGGUUUUGGUUAUUCCGUGAGUAGGUCGUUCUUUACUUGUCUGUGUGAGUUAGUAUCAGGGUUGCCGCGGGUACAAAAAAUCUUCGGGUACGGGUUUCGGGUAUCGGGUUGGAGCGUUUUCAUUUCGGGUUUCGGGUUGGCAAAAAUAUCGGGUACGGGUUUCGGGUUAUGAAAUUUUCAUUUCGGGUAUCGGGUUUCGGGUUGGCAAAAAUUUCGGGUACGGGUUUCG